GUGGAUGUUUUAGCAGGAUGGGAAAACAAUUUUCAACCUCCGGUUUUUUUUUUUUUUGUGCAUUUGUAAUAUUCCACCGGAGUCUCUAUCCCCUUUACUGUGUUGGCAGAGAUGCUAGUGGAGUUUAUGUGUACCGAGCUCUUUGACUGAUUCCUUUGAAUGUUAUGUUCGCUCCUUUUUCGACAAUAUAUAUAGACAUAAUUGAGGGCAUGAGGUUGUGGGCUUCUUGCUCAGCCAGUUGGAUUUGAAUUAGCAUUUCCUUUCCUAAUUAUUAGGCAGUGACAGCUAUAAAUACCCUGGAACAUGCCAUCGCCGCCUCCUUCAGUCCUCUUCAUCUCCUUUGCUCUUUCUAUUGGUCUUGGAAAAUGGAAGCCUCCAAGCCUAGGAUCUGACACAAACCAAAACCCUAAGAGAGAGCGAGAGAGAGAGAGAGGACCACGCAAUUUUAAUCUAUAAAUCAUCCAUCCCCUUCAUAAGUUGCCUGCGUCCACCCCUACAUCGUAUUUUAUUCUAUCUCAGAGUAGAUCACUCUCUUUCAUCUAUCUAAGUUGUUCUUUACUUUCUCAGGAGUAUGGUUUUCUGGGUUUUUGGUUAUGGUUCACUGGUCUGGAACCCUGGUUUUGAGUAUGAUGAGAAAGUCAUAGGCUUCAUCAAGGAUUACAGGCGUGUUUUUGACCUUGCAUGCAUUGAUCACAGAGGUACACCUGAAGAUCCUGCAAGGACUUGCACCUUGGAGCACAUUGAAGGAGCCGUUUGUUGGGGUGCUGCUUAUUGUGUUCGGGGCAGUCCUGAAAAGGAAAGAGCAGCAAUGCAGUACUUGGAGAGAAGGGAAUGUGAAUAUGAUCAGAAGACCCUCGUGGACUUCUUCAAGGAAACAGAUACCCUGCGGCCUGCUCUAAGUGGAGUUAUUGUGUUCACAUCUACUCCUGACAAAGUUUCAAACAAGUAUUACCUGGGGCCUGCUCCGUUGGAGGAGAUGGCCUGGCAAAUUGCAACUGCUGUUGGACCCUGUGGGAACAAUAGGGAUUAUCUUUUCUUGCUGGAGAAGGCCAUGUUUGAUAUAGGUCAUGAGGAUGACUUGGUUAUAGAGCUGGCAAAUGAAGUUAGGAAGGUGCUUGGAACAAUGGCGAAGGAGAAGAAGCUAGUAGGUUCUCCUCUCAAACCUCUUAAAUCCCAGACCCAGGCACAGAUCCCAUCAAUUCAGUUGCAUCUGCUUCCUCCGGAAGCAGUUGCGAUGGAUUUAUAGCUGUCGUCUUUGUAACCCAAAUAUGAAUCACUCACGCUUAUAUUAUUCUUGGAGAGAAGGGUUUGAGCUAUUCCUUUUUGGUAAGUUGCCCGGCAUUUUUAGUUUAGAACCAAACUGGCCUUGCCAUGAUAACUUUAUUUCUUAUUUAUUCUUAUUGUUGUUGUUGUUUACUUUAGUAAUAACAAUAACAAUAUAAUUGUUAUUGCGGUGGUGAGAAUUCCAUUGCAUGCUUGUGUUCUAUAUGUGGGUUUAUAAUUUGGAUGUACAGACACAAAAUGUAUAAUUAUGUUUCAACAAUAAUGAUGAUUGAUAAGCUUGGCCCUACCUUGCCGCGAUGCUGCAUUAUUUGCGGGAUGAAUUCUGCUGUGUUGGUUGAAAAUGGGAUGAGAGCAUUUCUUGCAAUUGGCCAGUGAUAUAUAAUGGUUGAUGUUCUAAAGAAACCCAAAAUAAAAAUGCUCGCUGGAUUUUUGGGGAUUUGGCAUUGUCGUUUUCAUUUCAGAUAUCUCAUUAAAGAAGCAGCAGCAGGGUCCAACCGCCAAAGAUAGCAGCGAGAUGAAAUUCAUGAAAUGUAAUUUUUUUAGUGAAAGAUUUAUAUUUGCCACUUGUAUCUAGUGAGAUGAACUAGAGAGAUCAUUGAGGGAUGCAUAUAUAUUUGUUUCAUAUUUCUAAAAGUUGUAAUGGUGACAGUUUCUACUUUUAUUUUCUUUACCUUGGAUGGCCAUAAGUCAGAUGUUACGUGUUUAGGUUGCCCUAGUUAGAUUGGAUUUUGAGGUUUUAUAUAUGUUUUAUGAUGCUAAUAUCACUCAUGAAUGCUUUGACAA